AUGGAUGAGUUAGUGUAUGUAGCUAGAACGGGAGCCGUGACCGCAGCGAGAGCGGAUGGGAAGGAGCCGGGUUUAAUCUUGACAGAGGGUCGGCCGAUCACGAAACACGUUGUGAAGUAUGGAGAUCACGUCAUGAUCAGUUGCGGAGCCGACGUGCGGAGAUUGGUGCAAGGCGACCCCGAUUCAGUAGUUUAUCUUGAGCAGGAUAACUGCUCAAGGAAGAGCGUGCUCGUCUAUUUCAACGAGUCGGCUAGCCUCGGCAGGGCUUACGCGUCAUGUUCACUACGUCAUGAGGUAGAGUGUUGGAAGGGCAGAAAAGAAGAAACGGAAGAAGCGUGGACCAACUUUAUCAGGACUCAAUGGUUUGAUCCUGAGUCUUACAACACCGAGUUCUUAAUUAUGCCGGCGGAUCUCAAUGCUCUGGGCAAGGACGUCGCCUUUCACCAACCGUGCUACUUGAUCAUGGCACCUAACGUCACCGAAGACCGAUACUUUCUCACUGUCAGUGCUGAAGGUGCCGUAUGCCUCGUGUGUGGGGGCGAUUCGGAGGAGCAACACCUCAUGUGGCGCUUCAUAAACCACGACUGCAUAACCAGCAGGGAACCCCUGACCACGCAGCAUAGUGUCUACAUCCAGUCCUUGUCCGGCUACAUGCUCGCAAUCAAUGACAGAUACACGGUCCACACGCUAUUGGAUGUUCCCAUCGGCCAACCUAUUUGCGCCAAAUACACUUUCAUACUCAUCAGAUUGUUCCAAUCCAGCACAAACUUCGACCCUUCUUAUUAUGAGUCGGCUUUCGACGACCACGGCAGAUUAAAAGUGAGUGAAUCACGACCACCAGAAUUCAUUACGGCCAGAAUUCAUUACGGCCAGAAUUCAUUACGGCCAGAGUUCAUUACGGCCAGAGUUCAUUACGGCCAGAGUUCAUUACGGCCAGAGUCCAUCAUGGGACUGAUGGAAAUAGAUGUGUUGCAGUUAGGUGUUCAGGAGUUGUUACUAGUAGAAGACGCAUUGGAAUGUUUGUUGGGUGUCCCGGGUGAGUUUGAGAGAUGGACUUGUCAUUAUCCCGUUGGUGGUGGUGUUCCUUAUUUUACUCAUGAGUAUCGAACUUUGGCUCAGCAAGAGGGUAGUCGCUUGCAGGACUGGUCGUAUGAGAUGGCGAGCAAGGCAGAUGUGACUCCUACGUUCGAUUCCACGUUGGAUCUGGAUAGGUCACUGUGUGGUAUGAUGGAUAAGAUAAUGCUGAUUGUGAAUGACCUGAAUUCGGUUCGACUGGUUGUAAAGUGGCAUAGCGAGGAGCCUGAGAGUGCGACAAAUGCAUGCUUGGGUAAUGCGAUGCGACAGAUUCUAAUUCAAUACGAAAGAGGUGUGUGUGAAAUCCGAUCUUGUAACGAGCAUGGUAGCCUUUCUCUACAGAAACUAUAUGCAAUUUUAAACUCAAGUCGACAGGUACUACACUUCCUUAAAACCACAGCAACUCUGACCUAUGGGUAUACAGGACUAAGCCUCAUCGACCAAGUGUUACAAGUACACAAGGAAAGCGGAGCAUCAAAACUUGGAGCGGAAUUCAGUCAGUACUUAUUGCGAGCAGCAUGCCAACCGUUGGAACGCUUUGUUAAUCUUUGGUUGUUCAGUGGAGAGCUUGAAGACCUGUAUUGUGAAUUCUUCAUUGUAAAAAAUCCGCGUUUCGAUCUACCGUUAAACCAAACCGUCAGGUCCGUAGAUCGAAUCCUCGCCGGAUCCGUCGAUCCAGUCUUGACCCCUCUUUCACAAGAUGCAGAUCGCAGCAAAGGUGAAGUAUUAUUCUCAGAGAGAUUGGCUAAUGAUCUUAAAUCGCCACCUGAUGAACUUACUGAGCUUCAACAAUGGUUAUGGUGGGACUAUGCUUUCGUCCUGGACGGUAGCAAGACCUGCUCUCUUAUCCAGCCGUAUUUGAAGACCCUUCUUAUAAUUGGAAAGCUUCGGAACGUACUAAACUUGAUGAGGGUGAGGUACUAUGGUGCACGCAAUGACAGCUGCGCACAAGGGGAGAACUGUGCAGCCGACAAGAACGUUGGAAAUAUCCCAGAACAACAUGGCGGGGAUCAACAUGGGAGGACACAGCUACAGUUGGUCGCACAACAGGGUAACGAUGAGAAAAACCCUGGUGUGCAAUCCGGCGGUGCGGAAUCGGACUCCGGAGUCGACAAAGGUGUCAUCCGCAUUGGUGAUAGUGAAUUCGCUCGCAGGUUAGAGGUACUUCGAAGCUCCAUUUGUGACUCGAUUAUGGCUUACCUGAAUCUCGACCCAUUGUAUCCUUUAAAGAAAGUUUCUCCCUUGGGUGUGUUUAGAAACACUUCAUCGAUGUAUUUCCGAGAUGUGAUGUUGGAAUUGAAGCAGUACUUUUUUAUUGAGAGAGCAGACAUCUUGGAAGACUUAUAUACUCUACCGAUUCAUGACUACUUGUUAUCUUCACGACCAGAAUGUUUGUGGUCACUGCUACGAUUUUGGUCUAAGGCCAAGCUGACCAGCACUUAUCGUAGACAUGGGUUGCUUUUGGCACUCGUUUUCAGUACAGUGAGUCUGCACUCCAUUGCUACCCGCACUCGAGAAAACCAUGAUAAGCAGGACAGUGAUAAGCCCCAGUCGGGGACCGAUCGAGAUUGGUAUCAAGGCUCAGUCAGAGCGUUAAGUACUACAGAUUUUUCGCGCAUUACUCAAGUACCAAUCAACUCGAUCGUCGACAGUGUAAUCCUUGACUACUUCGCUUGCCACCACUCCUGUGAUCGUGGAGAGGAGUCCUCCAUCCUGUUACCGGAGAUCGGGAUUAAUCUCCAAAAAGUUACCCUCUAUCCCAAGCUGCCUCUGCCUGUUCCUCUAUUGGUACUGGACAGACGAGCAUUUAUCACGCUACAAAGCACCUUCCGUUUGCUGUUCAUUCUGCACUAUCUCCGGAACCGAAUGGAGCAGUUAUGGCUCUCCAUCAGCCGCGUUGACCACGACGUCAGAGCUCCUUUGCUCAUCGUUGCUUCUCACACUCGUGAACUCUUCAUGGCCACCAUCAAGAACUUAAUUGAUUACGUCACCAGCGACGUCAUUCGACCUCAGAAUGAUCCCAUGACCAACUGUCUAAAACAGGACUACAACGCCAUCAGAACCACCUGGAGCGACUCUCUAGCUGCCAUAGCACAAGGACUCUUCCUAUACGACGCGGUUGUUCAGCUGCACUUUGCCGGUCUCUUUAAGCUCGCCCACGACUUUGCUUUCCAGUUGAACACGUUGCUGGACUACGGCAUGGUUGGAUAUGAAGAAGACGAGGACGAGAGCCCUCUGUACAGUGCGGAGCAUUUGGCGUCAGUGGAGAAGCUGGACCACGACUACCGCUCCGUGGUAUCUGCCUUGAUCGUGUACCUGAAGAGAGUGAACAAUAACGUCAGUCGCAUUCUACUCAACCGCCUGAGUAUUGAUCCCAGAUCGGUUAGUCUCGUGGCCCAUUAA